AUGCCGAUGUCGUCAGAGCUUUCGUCUGUUGAAACGCGCGCCUUGACCAAGAGCAUCCUGAAGAAAUUGGAUCUAUAUAUCCUUCCGCCCCUCGCACUGUUGUGGCUAGCUAACUUUAUUGAUCGGACCAACGUUGGCAAUGCUAGAAUUGCUGGGCUGGAGAAGGACACUCGCCUUCACGGCAAUCAGUUCAACACUGCGCUCGCCGCUUCGAAUUGGGUUCUCAAAAAGAUCAAGGCAAACCGCUGGCUUCCGUUUCUGGUCUUUCUAUGGGGGGUCGUGACGACGCUGUCGGGACUGGUGGAAAAUUUUGCUGGGCUAGUUGCCGUACGCUUUGUCCUCGGCGCAUGUGAAGGCGGUAUUCUUCCUGGGAUUAUAUUAUAUCUCAGCACAAUAUACAAGCGUCAUGAACUUCAGUUGCGGGUUGGCGUGUUCUAUGCAUCCGGUCUUCUGGCCACAGCUAUCAUUAAAAUGGAUGGCGUUGGAAAUUUGGCCGGCUGGCGAUGGAUCUUUAUCCUUGAAGGUAUAGCAACCUGCCUAUUGGGUGUUCUUGCGGCUAUGAUACUCCCGGCAAGUAUAUCGAGUGCGAAGUUCUUGACCAAAGAGGAGAAACAGUUCGCUCAGACUCAUGACGCGACAAACCCUGACAACGAGACAGCUAUCGUACACCAGGAAGAAGAACAGUUCGAAUGGAGAGAGGUUUUCCGAGGUUUGACAGAUAUCCAGGCAUGGUUAACCGGAAUAGGGUAUAUGGGCCUGAUCGUGAGCCUGUACUCUUAUUCUUUAUUUUUUGUUUUUACAGUCCCUCCAUAUGUGCCUGCGACGGUUCUCACAAUUGUUGUCGCUUUCGCAGCGGACAGGUUCAAGAUGCGAGGACCGAUGAUUCUCAUAUGCCUUCCCCUCAGUAUCAUUGGAUACAUUAUCAUCAUUACUGCGAAGUCCAACGAGGUUCGAUAUGCUGCCGUCUUUCUCAUCGCGACUGGACUCUACCCUUGCGCGCCUUGCAUUUUAUCCAUCAUUCCGAACAAUACCAGCGGCCAUUAUAAGAAGGCGACUGCAGUGGCUCUUCAACUCGGGGUGGCGAACGCUGGGUAUGUCGUGGAUCAAGCCCCAAAAUACAUACGAGGGCAUUCAAUUACACUAGCUUUCGUCUCCAUGGCGUGGGUAUUGGUCGCAAUCAACGUGUGA